AUGCGCCCUGAUGGACUCCACCACACGAAGAUGGUGUCGGCGAUGCCGCCGCGGGCAAGCACGUCACGGUGGGAGUCAGAGCGCAAGGGCGACUCCCUCGCCAACUCCAACAAGGGCGACCGCACCUCCAAUCACAACGGGGUGCUAAGGGCCGCCCAGAAUGCCAUCCGGGCACGCUCGGUUGGCAUCAUCAUCAUCGGGGACAAGGAAAACCCCGAGGUGACGCGGCACCUCAACGACACGUCCGUGACUGACAUCUGCGAGCUCGGCGGCGACUUCGCCACGAUGCGGGACGUGCAUUACAAGGUCAAGUGCUGGAACCCUCUCAUCAAGUCGACGACGGCGGGGAGGGGCUCGUGGGGACAAUGGUGGCAAUGUGGCGUCGGUGGGCCACCUCUACGGGUGGACGGACCGCUCGACCACUCGACUGGAAAGGGAUGGGUCAAGGACCACGCGCGUGGAAAGGGAUGGAUCAAGACGGAUGCAGGCUCCUGGAAGUGGACGGGGGCGCAGUACUACGACGCGAAGUGGGUCAAGAACUGGUCAAGAAAGCCAUAA